GUUGAACCACACCACUCCGAUCGAAAAAUCUCCCGUGUCUCCUGCUUGGGCGGUCGAGAAGCGCCACCCCACACCCCAGGACUCUGUCUCUCUCACUCUAAAAAUUUAAACCUCUCUUUCUCUCUCAUCCACAGUUGCACAACUCCGGUCUCUAGGGUUUGUUCGCCCAUCUCAGCAACAGCAACUCCAAUUCCAACUACACAUCGAUCUUGAUUUCAUUCAUCCAUGGCCGACGAACCUCUAUCUUCUUCAAAUGCUGCUCCUCUGGGCCACUCUGUGAUCCCAAUCGUCAACAAGCUUCAAGACAUCUUUGCUCAGCUCGGUAGCCAAUCCACGAUCGAGCUCCCUCAGGUCGCCGUCGUCGGCAGCCAAAGCAGCGGCAAAUCCAGCGUCCUCGAAGCUCUUGUCGGCCGCGAUUUCCUCCCCAGGGGUUCCGAUAUCUGUACUCGCCGCCCGCUUGUGCUUCAGUUGUUGCAGACCAAGCGGAAGCCCGAUGGCUCUGAGGAGGAGUACGGGGAGUUCUUGCACUUGCCUUCCAAGAGGUUCUACGAUUUCAAUGAAAUUCGGAGGGAAAUCCAGGCUGAGACUGAUAGGGAAGCAGGAGGAAACAAAGGUGUUUCUGACAAGCAGAUUCGUUUGAAGAUUUUUUCACCAAAUGUUCUCGAUAUCACACUGGUGGAUUUGCCUGGUAUUACAAAGGUUCCUGUUGGUGACCAGCCUUCUGAUAUUGAAGCAAGGAUUAGAACAAUGAUAAUGUCAUAUAUUAAACUCCCAAGCUGUUUGAUAUUAGCUGUUACACCAGCAAAUUCUGACUUAGCAAAUUCAGAUGCUCUCCAGAUAGCUGGAAAUGCCGACCCUGAUGGUUAUCGAACCAUUGGUAUAAUCACAAAGUUGGAUAUUAUGGACAGAGGUACAGAUGCUCGCAAUUUUUUGCUUGGAAAAGUAAUUCCUCUUCGGCUUGGUUAUGUAGGCGUUGUAAAUCGUAGUCAGGAGGAUAUUAUGCUCAACCGGAGUAUUAAGGAUGCACUUGUGGCUGAGGAGAAGUUCUUUCGCAGUCGUCCAGUGUAUAGUGAUCUUGUGGAUCGCUGUGGCGUCCCCCAGUUGGCAAAGAAGUUGAACCAGAUUCUGGUACAACACAUCAAGACAAUACUUCCAGGGUUGAAGUCUCGCAUCAGUGCUGCACUGGUUUCUGUUGCGAAGGAGCAUGCUAGCUAUGGAGAAAUCACUGAAUCAAAGGCUGGUCAGGGAGCUCUUCUUCUAAACAUUCUAUCGAAGUACUCUGAAGCAUUCUCUUCAAUGAUAGAAGGGAAAAAUGAAGAAAUGUCAACAUCUGAGCUGUCUGGUGGUGCGCGGAUCCAUUAUAUCUUCCAGUCAAUAUUUGUGAAGAGUUUGGAGGAGGUGGAUCCAUGUGAGGACUUGACUGAUGAUGACAUCCGAACUGCCAUUCAGAAUGCAACUGGUCCUAAAUCUGCAUUAUUUGUACCAGAGUUUAAUCCUAAUUUGCAGGUUCCAUUUGAAGUUCUUGUUCGAAGACAAAUAGUUCGUUUGUUAGACCCAAGCCUUCAAUGUGCUAGGUUUAUCUAUGAUGAGUUAAUUAAGAUGAGCCAUCGCUGUAUGGUUAAUGAACUACAGCGGUUUCCUGUUCUGAGAAAGCGCAUGGAUGAGGUUAUAGGGAACUUUUUGCGAGAAGGCCUUGAACCCUCAGAGACAAUGAUUGGCCACAUUAUUGAAAUGGAGAUGGACUAUAUAAACACUUCACAUCCAAAAUUUAUUGGUGGAAGUAAAGCUGUCGAAGAAGCAUUGCAUCAGAUCAAGUCCAGUAGGGUAGCUGCACCCAUUCCUAGGCCAAAGGAUGUGGAUCUGGAAAAGGCACCAACAUCUGAAAGAAGUCUUAAAUCUCGUGCUAUUCUUGGUAGAUCAGUAAAUGGAAUUGUCCCUGAGCAGGGAGCUCGGCCUGUUGCAGAUGUUGAGAAAACCACAUCAUCCGCUAAUGCAACUGGUUCGAGUUGGGGGAUUUCAUCUAUUUUUGGUGGUUCUGAUAGACGCAUGUCUAUCAAAGAGAACUCAACACACAAGUCAUUUAUUAGUGAACCUGUUCAGAGCAUGGAGCAUGCCUUCUCCAUGAUCCAUUUGAGAGAGCCUCCAACUGUCUUGAGACCAUCAGAAACCCAUUCAGAUCAGGAGGCUAUUGAAAUAACAGUUACAAAACUGUUGUUGGGAUCAUAUUAUGACAUUGUUAGAAAGAAUGUUGAGGAUGCUAUUCCAAAAGCAAUUAUGCACUUCCUGGUAAACCACACCAAAAGAGAGUUGCACAAUGUCUUCAUUAAAAAGCUUUACAGAGACAACCUGUUUGAGGAGAUGUUGCAGGAACCUGAUGAGGUGGCAAUGAAGAGAAAGCGCACCCGAGAGACACUACGUGUUCUUCAACAAGCUUUUCGGACAUUGGAUGAACUGCCACUAGAAGCUGAGACAGUUGAGAGGGGUUACAGCCUGAGUAAUGAUCCAACAGGCUUGCCAAAGAUCCACGGUCUACCAACAGCGUCAAUGUAUUCAACAAGCAGUGGUUCAACCGACUCCUACACAGCUUCUCCAAAAAACCCAAAGUCUCGUAAAUCAUCUCACUCUGGGGAGCUACAAUCACCUUUUUAUGGUAAUGCAGAUUCCAAUGGAAGUGGACGCAAUUCCUUUCUAGGAUACCCCGUAGUUGAUCCAUAAACCAUUUGGAAAAAUGCGUGGGGACCAAGUUUACCAAGGCAAUAUGUUUACUUUGUUAUUCGUGUUCCUACAUUCUUGCAAGAUAUCUUGAGACCCACAUUCCGGGUCAGAAUCGGUGUCUUUUUUGUUCCUAAGAGAGGUAGAUGUUAACUGUUGCCCUACUAUUAUUAUUAUUUUAAAAUAUAGUUAGUUAUGCAUUAUUUUGUUUUAUAAAGCUCCAAAAAGGUAAAACAGGAGCAGUUGAUUUCGUUCUAUAUGGAAACACAAAUUUUUAUAACUCUUGAGAUUCAUCAACUUGUUGGUAGUGUUGGGUUUUUGUUUUCCAACUAUUAAGCGCUUGGUUACUGGAUUGUAAAGUAAUAAGAUGAGCUGGUCUGUAUAGAGUGAUUUGUUUUGGGAAGCUCUGUAAUUGUGUAGUGUGUACUGAAUGAUAAAAUUGUGUUUUAUGAUUCUUUCUGCCAUUGUUAUGUAAAAGCAGAUUCUGAAGCA